AUGUAGUAAUUAUAGGAAUCGCAUUCUUAAUCGGAUUUCAAGCUUCCCUCUAUUGAUAUUCAUACUACUCAUCGACUUCCUAUCAAAAUGAAUCCUAGUUAUAGAUUAAAAUACACCAACCCAAUACGAGUGCAAUACUUAAGGUUCUUGGAUCGAAGAAGCUUGGAUGAAAAAUUGAAUCAACCAUUUUGUCUUGAAAAAUUUGCCAAAAUUAACAAUUACUCAUACGAAAAGAGUUAUGAAUAGUAAGAGAUUGUAUUCUAACGAUUUAAGUGAAUUGAAAAGCAGAAAACCAUAGAAAAAAGCUUAACCACAGCAAAGACAAGAAUAUCGUAAACCAACGAUGAGGUAUUUCAAUCCAGAAGACUCAGAGGUACGUUAAGAUGACAUGGAGUUGAUUUUGAAUCCUAAGCAAAAUAAACCUGUAACUUCAAAUAGCAAAGUCUUUAUUUCUGAAUGA